UUUCAAAUGUUGUCUAACGUGGAUUGGCGGUUGACUUGAUUGGCGCGGGUGCGAGUUAGAUCCGCGCGAACUGAAUCGCUCGAAAUUGAAUGUUUGUUUUUGUUUUAUGCGACACGAGAGUGAACCCGGAUUGCGGAUACUUUUCGUGUUGGUGUCAUCGCUGUUGUUUUGUCGCUUAGAUUGGAUAGAUAGGCGUGAACAUGAUUAUCGUGGAUGCUACCGAAAAGUGAAGAGGAUGAUGUUUAAUUAUGUUUUGUUGGCGAUGAUGGUGAUGUGAUGAAAUCGUGCCUAUUGAGCUUAGUAGUUGGAUGCAGUUGAUGUGGUGUUCUUAGAGCAAGAUAAUUAAAGUGAACGGAUGUUGAAAUUUGAAGAAGAAUGUUACAACAGCAGAGAAAAUCAAAAGUGAUCGAACAAUGAAGAGUGGAAGGUGAUUCAAAUUUUGAACUGUAGUUUGUGACUUCUGGAUAAUGCUGAAAAGCAUUUAAAAUGGUCCCAUAUAUGGAUAAAGCGAAAGUUGGUCUCCAUUUGAAAAAACCACCCAUAUCACGCAAACACUUUGCCUUCUUGUUCGGCAUAAUCGUGGCGUGUAUGUUCACCAUUCUGUCAGUGCUUCAGACGGGCGAAAAUGGAACCCAAUACAAAUUGGGACCCUACGAUGAGCUCCUGCACCCAGCCGACCUAUCCGAGGACAUUCGUGUGCUCUGUUGGGUCAUGACCACCCCGGUCAAUCACGAUACCAAAGCAAUCCACGUAAAGCAAACUUGGGGACGCCGGUGCAAUAAGCUGCUGCUGAUGAGCUCCACCGAGGACGAGAAGAUUGGAACAAUUGCCCUACCCGUUGGUGAGGGAAGAGAAUCGCUAUGGAAUAAAACAAGGGAAGCGUUCCGGUACGUUUACGAUCAUCACCUGAACGAGUACGAUUGGUUCAUGAAAGCCGAUGAUGAUACAUACGUCAUCAUGGAAAACUUGCGAUAUUUCUUGUAUCCAUAUUCGCCAGGUUUUCCAAUUUUCUUCGGUAGUAAGUUCCGGUACCCGGAGUACGUCAAUCAGGGGUACUUUUCUGGAGGAGCAGGAUACGUGCUCAGUCGGGAGGCUUUGAAACGAUUCGUGGAACAAGCAUUGAAUAACACAGAAACGUGCUCAACAGCGUACGAUACGGAAGAUUUGGAAAUGGGAAGAUGCAUGGAAAGUGUCAAUGUGACGGCUGGGGAUUCACGAGAUCUCUUGGGACGGAAACGCUUCCUUCCGAUGGAACCACUGUUUCAUCUAACUACCAAUCCAUCAGAUGAUCCAGACUUUUGGUACAAACAUUACUCGUUCUACGAGCCGUACUACGGUAGAAACUGCUGCUCUGAUCUUGCCAUCAGCUUUCACUACAUUCAAGGUCUGCAGAUGUAUGUGAUGGAUUACCUGAUAUACUCACUUCACCCGUAUGGGGUGAAGUUCAAAAACCCAGCGUUGCUACCAAAGAAAACCAGGGAGGAUGCGAUGCUUGUUCCCGGGCCUUAUCCUUUAUCUAGUACUACUACUACUACUACAACCACAACUACCAUUGCGUCGACUACAACUCUAGGGUCAACCGAACAGACGGAGAGCAGUACAUUGGAUGUUACCGUAGCAAUUGAUGCUUUGAUCAAUCCGGGUGUUAAUAAAUCGCAAAUUGAUAGUCUUGUUGAUCGGUUGUUGGAAAAUAAUGUGUUUUUAGAGAAGAUGUUGGAGAAGCUUAAAAGUCACAAUACUUCUAGAGAUUAA